CCCCCCCCCCUCCGGGCCGGCCUCGGUGUUGCCGGGGUAGAGCACGCUGGGAGCUGCCCCCUUAGCUCUCCCCGGCGCGGCCCCGUGCGCUGCUGAUUCACCUCGGAGCGGCCGCCGGGGAGGGAGGGACAGGGACAGGGACAGACAGACAGACAGACAGAGGCCCCGCGGGGCCUGGGCGGGCCGCCGCUGUGGGCGCGGAGCCUUGCUGGCGGGGCUCCCCCCCCGGGUCUCGGCGCGGCGCUGGGGCCCGGCCCGGCGCCUCGGUGACUUCCCCGGGGCCGGCCGGCGGCGCCGCCGGCGGGACACCCGCUCGCUUCGGCGGCGGCGUCGCUGCUGCCCGUCCUGCUCCUCGGUGGCCCCGGCUCUGCUGGCUGCCCUUCUAGCCGAAGAAGCAAGCUGAUCUACAUGUGCUUCACUAUCCAUUGGAAGAAUGACAGAUGACAAAGAUGUACUUCGAGAUGUGUGGUUUGGACGAAUACCAACGUGUUUCACUCUGUAUCAGGAUGAGAUAACUGAAAGGGAAGCUGAGCCUUACUAUUUGCUUUUGCCAAGGAUAAGCUACUUGACACUGGUAACAGACAAAGUGAAGAAACACUUUCAGAAAGUUAUGAGACAAGAGGAAGUUAGUGAAAUAUGGUUUGAAUAUGAAGGUACACCACUGAAAUGGCAUUACCCAAUUGGUUUGCUGUUUGAUCUCCAUGCAUCAAAUACAGCCCUUCCUUGGAGCAUCACAGUGCAUUUCAAGAAUUUUCCAGAAAAGGAUGUUCUACACUGCCAUUCUAAGGAUGUGAUUGAAGCUCAUUUUAUGGCUUGUAUAAAAGAAGCAGAUGCUUUAAAGCACAAAAGUCAAGUCAUCAAUGAGAUGCAAAAAAAGGAUCAUAAGCAACUGUGGAUGGGAUUACAGAAUGAUAAAUUUGAGCAGUUUUGGGCAAUAAAUCGAAAACUCAUGGAGUAUCCUCCAGAAGAUAGUGGAUUUCGAUACAUCCCAUUUAGAAUUUAUCAGGCAACAACAGAGAGACCUUUUAUACAGAAGCUAUUUCGACCAAUUGCUUCAGGAGGACAGUUGCAUACUUUGGGAGAUCUGCUAAAAGAUGUGUGUCCUAGUGCUAUCGCCCCUGAAGAUGGAGAGCAGAAGACUCAAGUGAUGAUUCAUGGAAUUGAGCCAAUGCUGGAAACACCCAUACAGUGGCUAAGUGAACAUAUGAGCUAUCCAGAUAAUUUUCUCCACAUUAGUAUCAUUCCCCAACCUACCGAUUGAAACUGGGCUAUAUUGGUAUGAGGAUCAUUCUCAAGCUGAAAUUAGAAGGGCAUGUCAGCUUGCUUCUGUCAGUCUUGAUGGAGGCAGCCUGACCAGAAAAAAAAAAAAAAAAAAAAAAAAAAAAAAAAGAAAAGAAACAAAACAAGAAGUCCUCACUGCUGCAAGCCAAACAGGAAGAGAGAUCCUAUCAUCAGAUAAGGGCAAUUGGGCUGAUCUUAUUUUGCAUCACCGCUUCUUUUCUUCACCGCUGUAAUUAAAUCAGUUGCGAUAUGAAAGAAUUUACAGGACCUCUGCAAGUCUCCUGUUUUCUUGUAAAACACAAUGAAGCUGAAACUGUCAGCUGAAGAGCAAAUGGAAAUAUGCCACUUGAUUGUAUUUCUGAUUAACAAAUAAACAGGGCUGUUUCCUAAAGCGGUAGUGUUUCAACUUUGAGAGUGGAAACAUUGGUUUAAUUUUCUAGAAAGUUAGACACUGAGAGAUUCAGUUACCAAUAGCUUUUUGUAAAAGAUCAAAUUACUGUAAACCCAUCUUUCCUUAAUGAGAAGUUCAUGUUUACAGUAUGUGUAUUGGUAUGCAAAUGAUCUUUUAACUUUGAUAACAAGCAGUGAGAGAUUUUAAAGUAAACCCGUGAGCAUGUUUUGUCAUUUAAAAACAUGCGCAACUUAAUAAUUUACAAAUACUUUUGAUUUGUAUGCUGUCACUGAAUACUCCAGUGUGUUUAUUAUUCAAACCAGUUUUUCAUAGACUAGCAAUGAUGUAGAAUAAUUUGUCUCAGGAUUUGUCAUGGCAUUUCUUUGUGCUCAUCUAAAUAUUUUUUUUCUGUAAGAAUAUUUUCUUAAUUUAGUUUAAAAUGUUAAAAAAAAAAAAAAAGUAAACGGAUGUUGCAAAUGAUUGUAUCCUGCUGUUUAUUCCCAUAGACAGAAAACAGUUAAAUCAUAGAAUGAUGAACAGAUGUAUUGCUUUUUAAUAAUUUUGAAUUUUGGGAAGCUGAAGCUUUUCAAAGCUAAUACUUCCUUACAUCUGAGUUUAGUUUUCUACUGUGGUCUCUGAGCAAUCAGUCUGAAAUUUGGAAGCUUCUAAUCUCAUUUUUCCCUAGUUUAACAGAUGUAUUUUUAGGUUAUUGGAUCGCUUUGGUUUCUAAAUGUUUGUUACCAUUGCAGCUGCUACUAGGACUCUACCAUUUUUUUCUGUUACGCUGAAUUCAUCAAACUGUGUGCUAUAUAGCUUUGUCUGCAGUUUGUGGCUGUCUGUGGCACAAGAGUAUGUUUAUAGUAGACAUAUUAUCAAAUAUGUCAAAUAUUAUCAAGUAUAAAGAAAGCAUGACAUUUUUCUUUCAAAAAUAGUAGCUGUUGAAGUUCCUACUCAAAGUCUUGGCUUGCAAAUGUCUCGUUAACUCCCAGUGCUGUUCCCAUUCGUUUCCAUGCUCCCUUUAUGGUAGGAUACUUACCUGUAUCUGAAAAAGACGAAACUGAAAAUCAAUCAAACAAACAAAAACCUCUUUAAGAAGCCAGAGGGGAAGGAUCUUAUUGGGUGAGGAUAGAACUGAGGCUAAAAAAAGCCCCAAGGGCAGAAAGUCAGUAGACAAAUUAGUGUUUUAAAUGUAAAUGAGGAAAUAGCAUUAGGGAAAUGGAAGGGAAAAGGUAAUAGUGAAAUAAACCUGUGCUAUAUUCUGCGGGUCAUCAAGAAUUUUUAAAACAAAACAAACCAUGCUGAUCUGUGUUUAUGCAGUAUUGAAACAUAAUAUUCUUAUAGUGAGAUGAUUUGGUUGAGUUAUUCUAAUUUCCAGUUCUGUUUGGAAUUUUUGUUACGGUGUUGGAUUGGCAUUUAUAAACUUUCUUAGGCAGACACAUCUAAAUAUCCUUGAGAAUUUCAAAGUCCUGCCAACGGAUAAAGCAAAUAUUUUGUAGAGUUUUCAUAUUUAAAAAAAAAAAAAAGUCUUUUGUGGGGAUAAUUUUUCCAUUAUUCAGGAUAAGAGGUAGUACAUUUAAAAAACUGUAAAGAUUGUGUUUCAUUUGUUUUAAGGUAAGCUGGAGUAAGUCACUGGCUAUUUUAAUAUAUUCUACACCAGCAUUUUAAGUACACAGCGCUCUUCUCGUGGCCUGUAUUUGCUAGUAAAUCCAACUUUUAAGGCCUAGCAUGGAACAAAGAAAUAGCUUGGCUUUAAAGCAUACUCUUUCCUCUUAUUUUAACUAUUUAAACUUUAUUAAAAAAUAAAACAAA